AUGGCGGUUCCCAACAUCAACACCGCCCUGCCGAUCGUCUACGACCCCAGCUGCCCCGGCCUGUGCUGCUUCGAGAACACGCCGUGCCGGUACUGCAACGAGGGCUGCUAUGGCCAGGGCGCGUGCUCGGCCCCGACGCCGACGACUGUGCCGACGCCGGCGCCGACGCCAGCGCCGACGUCCUUCGACUGCAUGGCGGUUCCCAACAUCAACACCGGCCUGCCGAUCGUCUACGACCCCAGCUGCCCCGGCCUGUGCUGCUUCGAGAACACGCCGUGCCGGUACUGCAACGAGGGCUGCUAUGGCCAGGGCGCGUGCUCGGCCCCGACGCCGACGACUGUGCCGACGCCGGCGCCGACGCCAGCGCCGACGUCCUUCGACUGCAUGGCGGUUCCCAACAUCAACACCGCCCUGCCGAUCGUGUACGACCCCAGCUGCCCCGGACUGUGCUGCUUCGAGAACACGCCGUGCCGGUACUGCAACGAGGGCUGCUAUGGCCAGGGCGCGUGCCAGCCUGCGGCGUAG